GUGACUUCUUUUUGCUACAAAGAAUUUAAAGUGUUUUAUGUAAAGCUACAAUAAGCGUUAGAAUGGAAUCUAAUAUUGGUGAUAUAUGUGCAAAUCUAAUGCUUGCAGCCUCCUCCCGCCUUCCAUAUAGGAAUUGAAAAUGCCCUGCCCUUCAGGAAGGUUCUGAGUUGGAGAAGGACUUGUGCCUUCAGCCCUGGCCGCUGUGGCUCAGUUGGUUGGAGCGUGGUCCCAUGCGCCGAAGGGUCGUGGGUUUGAUUCCUGUCAGGGUUAUAUAUUUGGGGAAAACUCCAGAAGAAGCAUAUUCAAUAUUAAUGCUCGGCGAUACAUCCUACAUUCCUUUCAGAGACGCUGCCUAUGGGAGCUGCAAUUUCUACAUUACCCUUCUGGACUGUUUCCACGCGGUGAAGAAGGCAAUGCAGUAUGGCUUCUUUAAUUUCAACUCAUUCAGACUUGAUGAAUACGAACACUAUGAAAAAGCAGAAAAUGGAGAUUUAAAUUGGAUAAUACCAGGCCGAUUCAUUGCCUUCUGUGGACCUUAUUCAAGAACCAGACUUGAAAAUGGUUACUACCAGCAUUCUCCUGAGGCUUACAUUCCCUAUUUUAAGAAUCACAACGUUACUACCAUUAUCCGUCUGAAUAAAAGGAUGUAUAAUGCCAAACAAUUUACGAAUGCUGGUUUCGAUCACUAUGAUCUUUUCUUUGCGGAUGGCAGCACCCCUACUGAUGCGAUCGUCAAAGAAUUUCUGGAUAUAUGUGAAAGUGCCGAGGGCGCCAUUGCAGUGCAUUGUAAAGCUGGCCUUGGACGAACGGGCACCCUGAUAGCCUGCUACAUCAUGAAGCAUUACAGGAUGACCGCGGCCGAGGCCAUCGCCUGGAUCAGGAUCUGCAGGCCUGGCUCCGUGAUCGGGCCUCAGCAGCAGUUCUUGGUGACGAAACAGUCAAACCUCUGGUUGGAAGGAGACUAUUUCCGUCAAAAGUUAAGGGGUCAGGAGAACGGCAAACACAGAGCAGCUGUCUCAAAGCUCCUCUUGGCUGUGGACGACAUUUCACUCCAUGGGGACAAGCACCACGACGACGAGCAAGAACCUGAGCUGUACAGCGACGACGACGAAGGCUACGGCGUGACGCAAGGAGAUAGACUCCGGGCCCUGAAAAGCAGAAGACAGUCAAAAACGAGCGCGGUGCCCCUCACAUGUUCCCUAGCUGUGCUGACCUCUGCACUGUGUAGUGUUGUCAUCUGGUGGAUUGUUUGUGACUACAUUCUUCCCAUCCUGCUAUUCUGUCUCGAUGGUUUAAGAGCACAGUAGCCAUCGGACCCUUUGACAAAUAGCUGCUGUUCCCCCCAUUUCGAGGACUAAGACAGUGUUGCGUUAAGUAGAAACCUGUGACCAGAACUGAAGGAAGACUGGGAACAGAACCACAUCAGGACUUAGCACAAUUUAUUUGGAAACUAAACAAAAUUGCAAAAGCCUUAGCUGCUUUCCACCUAAGAAGCUUGUUCAGUGAAGAAACUGUCCCCUGGAGUUUAAAUAGCUGCGCGGGCUCGGGGACAAGUGGGACCGGAAGACAGUCGGCUCGCCGUUUGUAGACACGCCCACGUGGAGCAGCUGCUGCACACUUAGUCUCAGGUGUAAACACCAGGGCGCGCGGCGGGAGCUGGCGCUCUGGUGCGUGUGUCCCUGUGGUGGCCGCGCUCGCUGCUGGCCUCGGAGGACAGGUCUGACGGAGGCCUUUCACCUAUUUAUUUCCCGUUCGCCCUGCGCCCGAAUGUACAGAGAUGGAACAGGCCCUGCCGAAACGGUCCUCAGUGAUCGAUUCUGUUUGGUGUCACCCUCUUCACUGUAACGCUUGUGACACUGUGUGACGUUACCUGGUAAGCCCGAGUUCCACCAAAGAGUGCUUUAUCCCGGAGACGUGUGAGCUCUGCGUGCGGACACGGCGCUGUGACCUCACACCUGCGGGCGCCUGGGCAGUAGCUACAGACUCAGGAGGGGAAGCUGGCCCUGGUUGGCAGGCGUGGAGUCAUGCCUUUGCUGUUAUUUGGGGAAGGAAGAAAUUCAAGGCUGCCCACUAUUUGGUUGCCGAGUCAUACAAAUUAAAAUCGUAUUUCCUUCAGCGCAUGAAAAGCCCACACUUUCAGUGUUUCUCCUUGGAAACAGUGAUCCCAAAUACUGGGCGCUUAAAGCAGCUUCCUGUUUUUCUAGGGCCUUUCUCUGUAGCAUGAUGGAUUUCAGCGACAGUAUUCGCAUCUGGAUUUCAGUUUGUACUAAGACCCUCACUGUGGCCUUCGCUUAGGGAAUCAGCUCUGCAGAGUGCCUUCUCUCCUCCCCCUGCAGCAACACAGCGGAGUCUGAUGCAAAGCAAUCACACAAAAAAAAGUUUAUUUGCUGCUAAAAUAUAAAUAUGUCCCAAAAUAAGAGAAUAUUUUUCAAAAUAUUUUGAAGUGAAUGGUUUUAGUUCCUGUUAGCCAGUGUCGGCCUCUCCUAAUGUGGGGGGUGGGGGGUACAGUACUGAAAGGCAGGAUGCCUUCGCCUUGCCAGAUGAAUGAGUCAGGUCAGUAGGCAGUUCCUUUUUUUAAGCUGCCUUUUAAACAAAACGAUGAGGACUAAGAAGUAGUUGGUAGAAAUAGAGUAAAGUCUGUGAAUGCACAAGUAGCCAGAAGGCCUUGCUCCAUUUGGUAUUUCCUCUCAGAGUAAUUGGGGGGGUCGACUAGCUUUGAGGGGACAUGGGAGAUGCCGUUGUUUUGGCCAAACAAGCAGUUCUUCCCCAUCAGGCGCUGUGGGGGUUGCCCACGCCCGCUUUCACACACAGGGGACUAGAUCUCAGAAAAAUGGAGGGUUUUUUGCCCCUGGCAGUUCAUAGACGGACUCCCCUGGUGGGAGACGGCUUCUCGGUGAGCUCUGGGUGGGAGGAGCAUUCCACUGCUGCCUUGUCGGGGAGACAGUGCUCGGUUUCAGCCCGCCCAGCAUAAGCACUGCAUUCUCAGGGCAGCUCUUCGUCCCUUCGUACUUUUAAAGGCCGCCUCCUGCAUAAAUCGUCCAGGCAGUUGUGAAAAUCACAUUCCCCUCUGAACCGUGCCUGGCGUGGCUUUUCAUUACUCAGAACCAGUCAGUGUGCUGUCCCCUCAGAGAGGAAGCCGUUUGGUGUCCG